AUGGACAUUCCCGCACACAUACUGGACGCGGUUCAAACGUCGGACGCAGCUUCCUCACGUUCCUUUGCUCGCGCUAGCAACACUUCGCCUCACCCGUCUCCCAGCACCUCGCGCUUUCCUGGACCAUACUGCGAUGCACAUUCCUCCGCAGAGGACGUAUCAACCACCAGUGAUUCCGACCACCACGAUCCCUAUCAAACAGACCUCACCACUCCAGCUUCCAGCGACAUCAACUCAGCACUCGACGACAUGCAGCCAGACGACGUGGAGGACUUCAGAGACCGCGAGUAUCCCCAGUUGAAGGGCAAGGUGUAUCUCGAUCACGGAGGAACUACGGUAUGCUCAUGUUGGGACCUCCAUCACCGCGCUGCGAGCUGCUAACUCGAACUCUGCUCCCAGCUAUACGCAAAGUCUCUCGUGGAGGAGUUCUCUGCAGAUCUCAUCCACAACCUCUAUGGAAACCCUCACUCUGCUUCAACUCCCUCUGCUCUGGCCGGCCAUCGCGUGGACGAGAUCCGAGAGAGGGCAUUGCGCUUCUUCAACGCCGAUCCUGCAGAAUUCGACCUCAUCUUUGUAGCCAACGCCACGGCUGCUAUCAAGCUGGUCAUUGAUUGCUUCAAGGACCACGCCGCCGCGAGUAACACUCCAGUGUGGUACGGGUAUCACCGCGAUGCGCACACGUCGCUCGUAGGCGUACGCGAGCUAACAAAGAUGCAUCGAUGUUUCACGAGCGACGAAGAAGUGGAUCUUUGGAUAAACAGUGGCGGGCUGGGAGGUCCUCGAGCGAGACAACUGGGUCUUUUUGCCUAUCCAGGCCAGUCGAAUAUGACCGGUCGUCGACUCCCUCUGUCUUGGUUCGUAGGACAUUUUCGGUGCUGUGGGGGUAGUGCUAAUGUAUCACAGGUCUGGACGCAUCCGCAAAUCGUUUCACAAAGCCGCAACCUACACUCUGCUCGAUGCAGCGGCGCUCGCGAGCACCGCGCCUCUGGACUUGUCUGACCCGGCCACCGCACCUGACUUUGUCGCACUUUCCUUUUACAAGAUUUUUGGGUUCCCCAACAUCGGCGCCUUGAUUGUGCGGAAGGAUUCUGCCCACACUCUCGAAGACCGCAGAUUCUUCGGUGGCGGUACUGUCGAGAUGAUCAUUUCUAUCCACGACACUUGGCAUGCCAAGAAGGAUUCGACGCUUCACGACCGGCUGGAGGACGGGACGUUGCCGUUCCAUUCGAUCUUCGCCCUUGAUCACGCCAUGAAUGUGCACGAGAGGCUCUACGGACCCAACCCGAUGAAGUUCAUUUCGCAUCAUACGGCGCAGUUGGCCAAGCAGCUCUACGAAGGCCUUUCCGGUAUGAAGCACGGAAACGGCACGCCUGUCUGCCGCAUCUACAAGGACGAGUCCGCCGUGUAUGGCGAUCCAACCAUGCAAGGCUCCACAAUCGCCUUCAACGUGCAACACGCGGAUGGAACCCUGGUGGGAUUCGGAGACGUAGAGGAAGCCGCAGACAGUCGUGAUAUCUAUGUCCGUAGCGGCUCCUUGUGCAAUCCGGGAGGCAUGGCAACCUAUCUCAACUGGUCACCGGCAGAAAUGAAGGCAGCUUACGCCGCAGGACAUCGUUGUACUAAUCCAACGCAAGUGAUGCUGGGGAAGCCAACAGGUGUUGUUCGUGUCAGUCUAGGCGCGAUGAGCACAGCUUCUGACGUCACCGCAUUCACUCGUUUCCUCGAAGAGGUUUACCAGUCAAAGACAGCGGGAGUCGCCGGUCUUGGACAGCAGGACAUCAUCUGCAACAGCUCACCUCCGCACCUUGCCAUUCCCAACAACGCACCUGCACAUCAAUCUAUCGGGACACCGAGCUCGUCAACCAGCACAAACAUUGGAGACCUGAAGUCGUGGGAGGCCGGAACGACAAAACUUCCGCCGACACAUGAGAUUGACAUACCAAAAGUACCACCCUUCGCCCCUGCGGAUUACGUCAAACUACGAAAGCCAUGGGAGGAGGAGAUGCGGAAGAACACUGCGAGCUACGCCAUGGAGAUCAAGCUUCGCGAAGCUGAAGACGGCAAUCUAUCCCCCAGGAAUCCGACUCCCAGCGUCAAAGCACGCAAGUUCGGUCGAAGCGUGGUGAAUCUUCUACGGACAAAGAGCCACGUUAGUGGUGACUCGAGGUACGCCGAAAAAUGA